AUGGCACAUUGUCUAAACUGUAAUCUACAGUUUAAUACGAUACAGAGACGUCAUCAUUGCAGACAAUGUGGAAAUAUAUUUUGUAACAAUUGUAGUAGCAAGAGACAACCACUUCCUCAACUACACUAUGAUAAACCUGUUAGAAUAUGUAACAGAUGUUGUGACCUUGCAACUUACUCUAGACAAGCUGGGUCUCUAACACCAAGUGAUCGUGUUGAAUCUGCAAAAGGAUUAUGUACUCUUACUCAUGAUACAUUGGGAAGAAAGAUGAUCAUUGCAAACUAUUUAGACAUUAUUGUUUUACUAUUAAACAAUUUUAAUGUAACUGUAUAUAAACAUAUUACAAAGGCUAUUGCCAAUUUAUCAGAGAAUGAAAUAUAUAGAAUAGAUAUUCUUGAAUCAAAUAUAUUAAGUUUAUUAUCAGAAUAUCUUUAUAAUCCACAAGGUGACAAUGAAAUUGUAUUAAAUAUAUCAAUCACAUUUGAAUACUUGUCGAUGGAGGAGAAUGCGCUCAUUAGAACACACAUUGGCGAAAAAUGCUUGCACAUUAUCGCCGAAUUAUCUCGAUCCUACAAUAACCAACUAAGACACUCAUCCUCGAUCGUAUUGUUGAAUCUGACAAAGAAUGCAAUGACACGUGACCUAAUCAUACGUGAAGGAGGUGUUCAAGCCUUUAUUGCCAUGGCACUAUGCGAAGACAUUUCAUUACAAUCUGCAUCAACUGAAGCAAUUUCUAUUUUAUCUACAAAUCGUAAGAAAAGAAAAGAAAAGAAAAGAAAAGAAAAGAAAAGAAAAGAAAAGAAAAGAAAAGAAAAGAAAAGAAAAGAAAAGAAAAGAAAAGAAAAGAAAAGAAAAGAAAAGAAAGAAAGAAAUUCUGGAUUAAUUAAUUCUAAUUAUUUGAUUAUUGUAGCAAAAUAUCAAAGAAAGGUUGUUGAGGGAGGAGCAUUACCUCCUUUACUAUUAUUAUUAAACUCACCAGUCGAAAAAAUAUUAUUGUAUACUCUGUCGGCUUUAUCAAGUCUGUCAGAGAAUGUUGAUAAUCAAUUGUCGAUUGGUCAAGUCGGUGGCAUUAAACCAAUGAUUAAUAUUUUAUCAUAUAGCCAUGACAAUAGAAUCCCUUUUCAUGCUGCUACAUGUUUAUAUCAUUUAUCUUUAUCUCAAUCAAAUUAUUCAUUAUUAAUUCAACAGGAAUUAUUUGAUGUAUUGUCUAAAAUUAUUAUUGUUAAUUAUACAAACACUUCUCAUGAUUUAUUACAUAUAUGUUUAAAACUAUUAGGAAACCUAUCAAAUAUAAAAGAAGGAAAGGUUAUUAUUAGAAAGAAUCAAUCAAUUAUGAGUAUACUGAGAAUUAUGGUCUAUUCAACAAAUCAUCUCCAAUCUUUAGCAUCAAUUAUUUUUAAUAAUUGUGAAUCCCAUUAG